GCGACGUAAAUCUGAGCUACGUGAGUGAGCUUGCUGGUGCUACGUGAACUUCUACGUGGCUUCCGGCAGCGUGAUAUUGAGGCAUUGUCUACUUUUGUGGAACUUGGACAGCUGGGCUAAACCUUGGCCGAAGGCUCGCCCCAUGUUGGUCGAUCGGCGCCGGCUGGAGGCUUCUUUGGCAUGACUGACUCAAGUUUUUGAGGUUUUGCACCGGAAAAGCCAUCAAAUCACACAGCGCUUAUUGGUCAAGGGAGAAGGUAGGAGGUGAUAGGCUCUGGCAGGAGAAAGGAGGGAGGAGCAAGGAGGUCUUCGGUCUGGUGUUCUUCUGUUUGCGAGGUCUUUCUUUCCCAAAGGAAGAAUUGAUGAUUUAGGAGCGAUGGAAGGUGUUUCAGAUUUCUUGUCUCGCCACCCGGGCGAGUUUACAUUGCUGGAAAAUGGGCGAGUCAAGUGCACUCUAUCUGGUCAUGAAAUCUUGCCGGAUGUGGGUGCGCUGGAAGCGCAUCUUCAGAGCAAAAGGUACAAGCUGGCAAAGUUUGAAAGUCAAGAACUGGUGAAGUUGCAACCUCAUGUGGUCCAACACCCUGAGAUGAAGGACAAACUGCUGUGCAAUCUCACAGGGAAGGUAGUAAACAAGACGGAGGAGGCGGUGUGGAAGCACAUAAUGGGGAAGAGGUUCCAGAGCAUUCUGAAGGAAAAGGAGGAGGGGAGGAAACGGCAAGAAGGGACCGGUCAAGCCACAGCAAAGGAAGGACUACAGACGGAUGCCGCAAUGAGUGGGGGUGAGAGCUGCGAGGAGAACCGGACAGCUAUGGUGAAUGGCGGAACAGGAGGAGCCAUGUCAGUUGGAGGAGGAGUUGAAGGCCAAGGAGUGGUGAAAAAAUUGGAAGGGCAAACAACUGCAAUGCUGGAGGAUGGGAAAAGGAACAGAAGGAGAAAAGUCAAAAUUGGAGCGAGGGCACAGAAAGUGGAUAAGGGGGAGCAGGGAAAUGCAGAAGGAGAUGGAGUGCUUAAGCCUGAUCAGGAUGGGGCGGCAAUGGACGGGGUUCAACGGGAGAAGGUGGGUGGGAAGAGGAGAGCGGAGAAGUGUUGUGACGAUGACAUGGAUGUGGAGACGAUGAGCGACGGAAAAGAAGGGGGGGAUGAAGUUGCAGCGGACGGCGAAAAAGAUGAUGAUGAUGAUGAGGUGGAUUUUUGGUCACCGCCUCCGGGAGCACGAUGGGAUGGCGAUGAUGGUGGGAAAAGGUGGAAAGCUCCUCCGAAGAAAGCAGAAACAGAUCAGCAGAAGGCGGAGUGCAUGGAUGUGGAUAUGGAAGAUGCUGACGGGCUGGAUGGAAAAAGGGAUGGCCAGGAGGGGGAGGAGGAUGUGAUGAUCGAAGAGACACGGAUAAAGAGAACCACUGCUGCUGUUGGCCCUGCUGCAAGUGCACCACAGAAGAAGAAGAAAAAGAAGAAUAAAAAACAAUCCACAGCACAAGGUGAAUUCCUACGUACACGGACACUCGGCACGACGACGACGGGGACUUCACUUGGACGGCUUCCUUCACAGCGUUGUCGAGGACAGAAACGGAUAACAGAGGGUCUGCAACCGACGAUGGCUUCUGGGGCUGCAGGGGGAUCUGGGGGGAAUGAGUUUAGACCGGCGUCCGAUGCUACCAUAGCGUCGUUGCGAUCCAAAUCAGCCAUCUGGAAGCAUGUCACACAAGGACAAUUGGUGGGGACAUGGGAGAAGAUGCACGGCGACCACAAGUUGCGCUGCAACUACUGCAAGUUCAUUUACCAGGGAAACCAGAGCAAGGCACCGCGGCACUUCACGCAGCCUAAGAAGUGCAAGCAGGCACCGCUGUCCGUUUUGGCAGACAUAUGGAACAAGACGCGGUACAAGUUUGACCCGCGUCAUGAGGAGGGUAUCCUACGUUAUAUUGAGGAGAUGCGCAUAGCUGACGCGCGAUCUUUGUCGGGGAGAGGCACGCAGAGGAGGCAGCCAGGUGGAGGGUUCGGUGCGGACCGAGAUGACGAUAUGAUGGACGCUGUGGACGAGGUGGAGGCGUUUUUGGACCGGGAGGCGAGGCGAGAGGUCGAUGCCAUGCGAGGCACUGCGGAGGUGGGAGGGGAGGGUGGUUCGAGUCCCCCGCAUUUGAGGGGGGAGGAGGUCGUGAUGACUGCGCGUGGCACGGGAGACAAGACGCUAGAGAGAGUCUACUUUGCACGGGGAGGACAUAGCAGCACAGCACGAUCUCGUACCACGCUCAUCAGAGCAGACGAUGACCCUCCGCGCGGUACAUCUGACACACAUCAUGGCACCGGACGUGGCGCGGGCACGAGUGUGACCAGAGGUCCCACACAAUCGAGGAGGGUGUUCGGUGUUGAUAGCACCGACGAUGAGCAGGCAGUGGAGGGUGACGAGGCUUUGUUGCGUCCAUGUCAUUCGUUGGCGCCUGAGGUGGGGAGAGACGCUCAGCCUCGUAGACGGUCAGAGAGGCUGGUUGGCCGUGACAGCACUACCCCCCAGACAGAGACCGGUUGUUUGCAAGACCUAGAGGAGAUACAAUGCGACACGGUGGAGGGUGAGCAGUCUGAGCAGCGCACUCCUAUUCACACACACACAUCACAGGACAUGCCUUCGGAAUUGCAGACGCGGGACUUCAUGGUGGGUGGGGAGGGCACGUCCGGCUUCGGCAUUGGCAGACGUCAGCACGUUCGAGUGGGAGACAUGGCAGACUACUGUCCCCGUGACACGCCGAGGGAGGAGACCGAGGCAAAGCGUAAUGCGUGCAUUGACGCCGAGGAGGAGAGUCGUUUAUCUCGGAUGCAGUGGGCGGGGAGGGUGGCUUUUCUGGCGGAUGCGGAGCGCAAGAGACGAUUGAAGACCGUUGGUGCAGGUGGCGAUGACGACAGCGCGGAGGGUUUGAUUGGACCGGAUGCUGCCCUGCAUCCUUUGGGUGGGGGCCGUGCUGAUGAUGCACUUGUGUCUUCAUCGCCUACUGCUACGACACACCAUGCCACUCUCCCGCCAUCCCCGACCGUUACGAGACAUGCUGAUGUUCCAUGUGUGUCAGCAGCGCCUCCUGUACCAUGCGGGUCGCCUCCCUCCCAGACUCAUCUUACCUCAGAGGCAGGAGGUUUAGGCGCGAUGGACUCGGAGUCGGAUAUUGUGCGUGACGUUGUACUGGGACGUAUGGCACCUGCAGGUGCGGAGGUAGAGCAGGUGUUACCUGGACAUGAGGAGGAGAGGGCGGGACAGGAGGAGGACACGAUGGGACACGAGGAGGAGGAGAGGGCGGGACGUUCGGUAUCGGACACUCAGGUCGUAGCUGGAGACGAGGAGGAGAGGGCGGGACACGAGGAGGAGAGGUCGGGACGUUCAGUCUCGGACACGCAGCCUAUGACGCAGGUGGUAGCUGGACACGAGGAGGAGAGGUCGGGACGUUCAGUCUCGGCCAUGCCCAGCGCACAGAGAGUUGCCCGGCAUCCGACGCCAGGGAGUGUUGUUGGGAGAGGACACUUGCCUGCUUCGUUGGCACCUUCACGGCAGGAUAUCCGGCAGUCUGACCAUCGUCCUUGGUCGAGUGUGCGAAGAGUGGAUGGGAAGCUUAGGAGAGAAGUUGCUGGAGCUGAGGCACGACGUCGAGAGGAGAGACAGAAGGUAGAGAGAGAGGCACAGGAGAGAGCCAUGGCAGAGAGAGAGGGAGAGGAGGGAGGAUGGGCCAAGGGUGGUAGCGCGGGCAGUGGUGGCCGACCCAGUAUAGUCACCGCGUGUCGUAUUUUGGGAGUGGGACUUCCGAGGAGGAUGCGAGAUCUCCGCAUACCAGCCGCCCCAGAGGCCGGAGUGCAGAGUGGGGUGUACACCUCUGGCGAGAAGGCUUUGCCUAUGCGCGUGGGGGAGAGACGUCAUGAGUCAUUGGGGGAGAUAGCGGCUCGUAUAGCAGCCCACGAGGCGGAGAUUGCGGCGUUGAGAGAGGCUUCAGCAUUGGCGAGUCUUGCGGACACUACGGGAGACGUCGACGCAGACACCGAGGAGGAGUCUAUUGAAGUUGCGAGGCAGAGAGAGAGAGAGAGAGGAGAGCGGCUUCUUCGGCACGAUCGGCCAUGAAUGGUCCUCGAUCGGCGGGCCGCAGUGGCGGUCGUGGUGCCGGCCAG